AUGUUUGAGUUUUUUCCAUGUGUUCAAAAGAUUGUUGAAGAUAAUGUAACAGACCAAAGUUUUGCAGUAUCUGCUCACAUUCCUUACAUGAUACAGAGCUUGCAUAAUUUACAAGAGAAACUUUUGACAUUCUUUACAGACUUGCACUCUGAAGCUGAUAAUGGACGUAGAUGGAUUUUAAACCCUUUUUUGGACAAAUCAAUAGAUCUGGCUGUCACCACAAAAAUUAAAGAAUGUCUUCUAGAUUUAGCUGCUGAUGUCAUGCUUAAAGUGAAAUUUUAUUCGCAAAGUGUCGACGUAUUUUUGAUGAAAAGAUAA